AUGGCAUUUGCGAAUUACUCCUACGAGAUGAAGAUCAUGAAGCCUGAAUAUACUGAUACGUUUAUGAAGUUCAAAGAGGUCUACGAAACCUAUUCGACAAAGCGCCAAUUGGAAGAGGAGGCUCGGAUGAGAGAACUUGCUGUCCACCACCACCUUGGACUCAUGGUGCAGCGGUACCACCAUCACCGAUACCUGAAGCUGCCGGCACUGGGUUCGACAUCGACUUGGCUACAACGGGAAACAUUGUCGGCGUUGGGGUCGUUCAAGAAACUGGUGAUAAGCAGAAAGCAAGGUAAGUGCUCCCCUUUUCAUUUCACUUCAACUCGGAUACUCGUUCGAAUCAAUUUCUUUGAAAAGCGCCCAUCGUUAAUG